AGUCGUUUAUUCGGAGGGAUUUGACGAUAUAAAGGAGCUAACUUUCCCUCAUUUACAAUCUUUUCUUCUUUUCUUUCUUGGCUCAUGUUUUAAUUAGACAGACCCCAUUUUCAUAUAAUUCAUUCAUUUAAUUUUAUUCAAUUCAUUUUUUUUUUGUUAUCGGUGUAUAUCAUUCAUAACAACCAUCAUCAUCAACAAAUCAAGAAACAGUUUACAAAAAUAUAUGUCUAAUACGAGCUAUUACCGAUCACCGUUCGGAGACACGACUCACACCAAAGUGUUCGUGGGAGGUUUAGCAUGGGAGACUCCGACCGAUGAAAUGCGCCGUCACUUUGAUCAGUUCGGUGAGAUUCUUGAAGCCGUCAUCAUCACCGAUAAGACUACCGGAAAAUCUAAAGGCUACGGUUUCGUCACGUUUCGAGAGCCGGACUCCGCGACUAGAGCGGUCGCUGAUCCCAACCCUGUGAUCGAUGGACGAAAGGCCAAUUGCAAUAUUGCGUCUUUUGGACGGCCACGACCAUCGACGCCUCGAGGGCGAGGCCAAGGAGGAAGCCCUGGUCAAUAUCAAGGCGGUGGACAAUCAGACUAUACUGGGAUGGCUGCUCCGUUGCAGCAGGCUGCAACUGCCCAGCUCAUGUAUCCGUCAUAUGGGUACACCUACAAUUCUGAAUAUGGGUACCACCAAGCGCUAUACAACUCACAGCUCCAACAGGCUCAAUACUAUCAACAGCAAAUGUACGGAGCAGGAGCAACGUCACCAUCAUCAUCCAACAUCAUGCCUUCCCCUUACUACUACCUCCAAGCUCCAAGCCCUAGACCAUAUCCUCAUCAUCAUCAACACUACCAGUAUCAUCAUCAUCAACAACAGCAACAACGUUUACCCUCUGCUUCUUCUUACCUAAUCUACCCAUCCAAUGUCGAAGCUCCCACUUCCUCUAAUGCCCCUACUUCCCAAGGCCCACUAUCUUCUUCCACGGAAUCACACGCACCACAACAAGUCUCAGAAGGAGGAGAACACGAUCCAACGGAUGCACCUGAAAGUACAACAACGAACAGCAGAGAGUUAACGUCAUCUUCAUGAUCAACUCCAACUCCAACUCCAACUUCAACUUCAACUUCAACUUGUACAAUCUUGACAUUUUUUCCUUCUCUUUCUCUUCAUCCAAUCAGAGAGAAAGAAGCUAAUUCACUUUUAUUACUUUUCUCAACCAAAUUCAUAACUUAGCAUGACUGCCAAAAUAAAGAUGGCUCUGUGUCUCGACUCUUGUCAUGUUCUUUUUCUUCUCCCUAACGGAAUAAUAUAAUAUGUCGACUUUGAUA